UAUAGACCCUAAAAGGAGACGAAUUAAAAACCUUGAAAUGAAGCCUGCGUUUCGAAACGCUUACACCACGCUCUCUCGCUCCUUAAACCCUACUCCUAACUUUACUCUCUUUCUGGUCCCUACUGUCUCCGCCAUUACAGAUUCUCUUCGCAGAAGUUACACGUCCCGACCAUUAUCUUGCCUUUUGUCUUCAAUGGCGGGCGGUGAAACUCACUCGCCUCCCUCUUCUCCUUCACUGGAGAAGCAGUUCGAGGACUUCCGUCUUCAAAUGGAAGAUUCCGGAAACUUACGCAAUCGCAUUCGGGCCGUCGCUUUGGAGAUCGAAUCAGCCACAAGGCUAAUGCAUUCCAGUCUGCUUCUCGUUCAUCAAUCUCGUCCCAUCCCUGAUGUUUUAGAGAAGGCCAAGGCUCAAAUUGGUGCGCUGAAGGAGCUUUAUAAUCGUCUUGCUGAAAUUCUUCAUGAAUGCCCUGGGCAGUAUUAUAGGUAUAAUGGGGAUUGGAGGAGCGAGACACAAACUGUAGUCUCGCUGCUGGCUUUCAUGCACUGGCUAGAAACAGGGAGUCUUCUUAUGCAUACUGAAGCUGAGGGGAAACUUGGGUUGGAUGCUUCAGAGUUUGGACUGGACAUCGAAGACUAUCUUAUUGGAAUAUGUUUUAUGUCCAAUGAACUGCCAAGGUAUGUGGUGAAUCAAGUGACAUCUGGGGAUUAUGAUUGCCCAAGAAAGGUUUUAAAGUUCUUAACAGAUCUUCAUGCAGCAUUCCGCAUGCUUAAUCUCCGAAAUGAUUUCUUGCGCAAGAAGUUUGAUGGAAUGAAGUAUGACCUAAGAAGAGUUGAAGAAGUUUUCUAUGAUGUUAAAAUCCGAGGCUUGGCCGUUAAUGGGGCAGCUCAAGGAGAUGUGGUGGGAAACGGAUAAAUCCAAGGACAGUCAUAGGUUAGAAAAUUUGCAUACUAGUAGUUUCAUCUUUGUUAUUGGCCACUGUACUUGAGUAUAAUUAUGUUUUAUUCACUGAAUUGAAUUUGGUAGACAGGGAAAGUCUAUAUUUUGCUUUCCAAUGAUAGAAUGGUGAGGAAAAUAGAUUCUUAAUGGGAAAGGGUUAGUUCACUGGUUUAAAUUCUUUGCUUGUGCUGGAGGCUCAUAGUACAAGCUUAACAAUGUGUUUUUAUGUUUUAUUUAAUGUUGGGUAACAUGGAUCCUUUAAUAGCAGAAAA